AUGUCCAACACUUCACAAUUAGUUGAUGUAUUUAGAAUAUACAUAGCAGACGGUUUUUCCGAGGACUGUGAGGAUUUAAUACAGCGUUGUUUAAAAUUAGACUUAUUAAAUUUCCAAACAUUCUGCACUGUAUGGAAAGAAAUGCACUUUCCGAGCUUGUAUCAGGAACUCACAACAUGUGCGGAAAUUGCAGAGCUUUCUGAAGAAUUGAUCAUUGUUGCUAAGAGUUUUAUGGUGCAGGACACAGGAAAUUACAAGGAAUCUGUGAUAAGCCUCUUCAUAGUGUAUGCAUUGGUAACACAACAGCCUUUUGCCAAUUUUGCAUAUUUACCUAUAUGCCCUGAGGAUGUACCGGAAAUAAAGCGCUUGGAAGAUGCAAUACGACAUCACAGGUUAAACGAUGCGUUACUUAUUCUUGGUCGAGUAUUGGUUAAGCACUCAAGGUACACAGCUGCGGAGCGUGAAAGGGGAUUUGAUACCACCUUGAUUAAAUAUUUUAAUGGCUCAGUGGUUAUGAAGAAUAAACAUAUGGGUACAGCAGGAAUUUUCGGCGAUCAAAAUGAAGAGCCUGAUAUGUUAAUGGAAUUGGGUACGAUUGCCAGGAAAUACACUCAGUGCAGAGAUCGAUUGAAUGAUAAUAUAAAAGCUGGUCUGAAAUACGUAAAUCCCAAUUUGCCUUCUCAACUGUCGACGUCGUUUAAGAGACUGGUGAAAGGCUAUUUUGAUAAUGAUGACGCCAAAAAUAGGUCUGAGGCGAUGACCGAAAUAAAACAACGAGCAAUGACUAAUACGGCUGAUCAACUUCAUUAUCUAAUGACGUCACAGGAAAGGAAUGAAAACCUUCCAUCAAAAACUAAUGCAAAUAAAUCUCCUCAAAAAACAUCUGCACAAAUGUGCACCAAUAAAUCAAUAUCAUCUGCAUCAUUCUUCUCCCGAUUGCAUAAUUCUAAAGUGGCAAAAUUUGGAAAAAGAAACACUGUUAUUUUAAAUAAAAUGGAAAGCGAAGAAAUGGAAUCGCUUCAACGUGAUCUGAGUCUCAAAGAAAUUGAAGGUUACGUGAAUGACACUGAAACUAGAAAGGAUAAUACAGACGAGAGAAAUAGAAAAAGAAAAAAUAAAGAAGUUAAUGAAGUACCUGACAAAGUAUCAAAAACAAUUAAAAGUACCAAUCCGGGAACGGCUAAAAGAAAAGCAAAAGAGAAAAUCUCUAGUAACGAGAAGACAAACAAAGAAAUUAUAGAUGUGAUACCAGCGAUAGUUCAUUCUAUAAAUGGCGAAACAGAAUGCGAAAUAGAAGUUAUAGAUUAUGCUAUAGAUUCAAGUAUACCAGUUCACAAAGUAAUUAGUGACGUUAUUAAAUCAGCGGAAUAA